ACUAUGGAUGAAGCUGAACUUGAUCGUGCAACCAUGUGGAUCAAAGCACGUCAAGAUAAGAAUGGAGGAUUUAAAGAUCCUUUAGUAGAGGAGAAGGCCAAAGAAAUUGCUGAUUUGAAGAAAAAAGAGGCUGAGGGAGAGUUAAGCACUUCUGGUUCAGAUGAUGUGUUAACUUUAGCAUUAGGAAAUCCUGAGCAUACUGGAAUAAUUAGAGGUGUAGGGGCAAAUGUGAGGCAAGCUGCAUACUUUAACCUCCCAAAACGCCGAAAGCAAAGUGUUGAACAGAGUCUUAGGUUAAGUGUUUAG